GAGCUUGCAAUCGUCUGAAGGGUUUGUUUACUGCUUUAAAAUCAAGUUUUACACGUCAGUCAUUUUUACACGUCAAACAGUCAAAGAAUGUUGCUGCAAAUAUUUUACAUACUAUAAAAAAAAACUGUAUGUGAGUGCUGUGAAUUCAAUUUCCUUAAAUGCUAGUGUGAGUUUGUUUCAUUAAAAGUUGUUAUACUAAGAACAUUUUCACGUGCGUACCUACGAGACAAGCACCAUUAUUAUCAGGAAAAUGAUUAAACUUGAUUCCUUUCUGUCUGGGAAUGCUAAACACACAAUGAUGUUGGCCAAUUCAAUUAUUGGUGCAAGUAUUUUGUCCAUGCCAUUCUGUUUCAAACAGUGUGGAAUCAUCUUGGGCUCUAUAAUACUCUAUCUAAACAGCAUCAUGACAAAACUUUGCUGUCAUCAACUUGUGAAAUCCUCUUUGAUUUCGAGGAGGAGAAACUAUGAAGUUUUAGCUUAUGAUGUUAUGGGGCCACUAGGAAAACUAUGGAUUGAAGUGUGUAUCAUAGGCUACAACAUGGGUUGCUGUAUUGCUUAUUUGGUCGUGCUUGGUGAUCUUGGUCCAGAGAUAUUAAACAAAAUAGGACUGAAUUAUUCAUUUCAUUCAGCACGAAUACUUCUCAUGGCAGGAAGCAGCAUGUUCAUCAUAUUACCUCUCAGCCUCCUGAGAGAUAUUGAAACAUUGAAUGUUAUGUCCACAGUAUCAGUAGCCAUGUACAUGUUGUUGGUUCUGAAGUCCUUCUUUGAGGCUGGAGUCCAAGGUCUCACCGAAGGAAUAUCGUCGAACAUUGAAGUGUGGAGAUUUGGUGGUGUACUUCAAUGUGUUCCAAUAUUUUCGAUGGCUCUGUCAUGCCAGACGCAAGUUUUUGAGGUGUACGAAUCUCUACCUGAACCUUCACUCAAAGCCAUGGAUCGAGUGGUAUCUUCAGCCAUUGACCUCUGUACGUUUAUUUACAUGGGAGUAGGAAUAGCUGGCUACCUAGCAUUCGCAGAUACUCACUUUACUGGCAAUAUCCUUAUAAGUUUUCAGCCUUCCUUUGUAACUGACUUGAUGAAAGCUGGUUUCCUGCUCUCCAUCAUUUUGAGCUUCCCCUUGUGUGUUUUGCCUUGUAGGACAAGUUUCCAUUCAUUAGUCUAUGGAAGGGAAUCCCUUCAUCAGCAGAUGGAGUCUAGUAUGUCGGGAGGAACCACCGGAUCACUUUCGGAUUCCCGAUUUAAAAUUUUAACUUUUAUCAUAGUCGUUGCCACGUUAAUUAUCGGUAUCUGCAUUCCGAAUGUAGAAUUUGUUUUAGGUUUGGUUGGUGCCACUUUAGGAACUGCUGUCUGUUCCGUGGCGCCUGCGUGGAUUUAUCUACAAGUUGCUCCAUCGACCUCUGGUGAACGCUGGAUCGCCAAAGUACUGUUGGUGUGCGGAUUGGGCAUUCUUGUUCUGGGAACUGCUGCCAACAUCUACGCGGAAGAAGAAUAUUCAGAAACUCACGCUGAAACUGUUCUGCCGCCCAGUUUGAAGGAAAUUGAAGCCAAAUUUGACCUUUUGCUGCCACAGUCUUCACCACCAGCAAACAUGGUGGACAGCUUUAACAGACUUGGAGAAGAAAACGAAAAAUUGGCAUCCAAUAACCAAGUGGUACUCCAAUCCACCACUGAAAAGAUGCGCCUAAACAACAUAAGCCUUGCGGUUGUGCUUCCGGCUGCUCCUCCAAUCCAGAUACAAACUAACCAUUCCGCGAAUUCCAACGAGAUAAUCACUCCAGCAAUAGUUCCCGCAGAAGGAAAUAGAUGAACACAUUCCACAUUGUGAUGCAAAGUUGGGUUUGCUUUUAUACCAGGUCUGAUUUCCCCCAAAAAAUUGUGCUUCGAUUCCAUUUCUGUUAAUGGUCAGAGUCAUCACAAGUAAUAAUGAAUUAGUGAUCACUGGUGAUGUCUUCUAUUUGAUUGUAAAGCACAAUUUGAACUUUUUUGUUGACUUAUUUUGAUGAGCUUUUGCUUUAAACCUCAUCCUAACUAGUUUUGCUCAUGUAAAAAUCUAUUGGGGGCGAUCAUCAAACAAAUUGAGGUGUAAUAAUUUUUUACAAUAUAAAAUAAAAAGUUUGUCUUUA